AUGAAGUUCCAGGGAACACCGUCUGCUCUUGGAUUCCACAUGCCUGCGGAGUGGGAAACCCACGCGCAGUGUUGGAUGGGUUGGCCUGAACGUCCCGAUAACUGGCGAGAGGGCGCAGCUCCAGCCCAAGGUGCGUUUGCGAGGGUGGCAUCUGCGAUCUCGAAAUUCGAGCCUGUUAAUGUUUGUGUUAGUUCUGGGCAGUGGGAGAAUGCGCGGAGUCAGUUACCUGAACAUAUCAGGGUGGUUGAGAUGAGCAUGAACGAUUCUUGGUUUCGUGAUACUGGACCCACUUUUGUUGUGAGAAGAAGCACUACGCCGGAAUCUGGUCAUGCAGUUGACAGAAUUGCAGGGAUUGACUGGAAAUUUAAUAGUUGGGGAGGUUUAGAAGAUGGAUGUUAUAGUGAUUGGAGUCUUGAUUUGCUUGUGGCUAAGAAGAUUUUGGAAAUUGAGAAGGUUCCUAGAUUUUCGCAUUCGAUGGUGCUUGAAGGGGGAAGCAUCCAUGUGGAUGGAGAAGGAACUUGUCUUACAACAGAAGAGUGCCUCUUGAACAAGAACAGGAACCCUAACUUAAGUAAGGACCAAAUAGAGGAUGAACUUAAGACAUAUCUUGGAGUCAGGAAGGUUAUAUGGUUGCCUCGUGGAUUAUAUGGAGAUGAUGACACAAAUGGUCAUAUUGAUAACAUGUGCUGUUUUGUGAGGCCUGGUGUGGUUAUGCUGUCUUGGACUGAUGACGAAACUGAUCCUCAGUAUGAAAGAUCUAUAGAAGCUUAUUCUUUGCUUUCAAGUGAAACAGAUGCCAAUGGGAGAAAGUUUGAAAUCAUCAAAAUUCAUGUUCCUGGUCCACUUUAUAUGUCAGAGAGCGAGUCUGCUGGGAUUUCUCAGGACGGUGAGGCUAAGCCAAGACCUCCAGGUACUAGGCUUGCAGCUUCAUAUGCAAACUUUUAUGUUGCUAAUAAAGCUAUCAUUGCACCACAAUUUGGAGAUAAAAAGUGGGAUGACGAAGCUAUCCGAGUCCUGUCUAAUGCUUUCCCUCAUCAUGAAGUUGUUGGAAUUGAAGGUUCCAGGGAGAUUGUUCUGGGCGGUGGAAAUAUACAUUGCAUAACUCAGCAACAACCAGCCAUUUAA